AUGAAACUUUCUGUGACGCUCUUAGCGGCAGCGCUCGCUGAAAUCGUGUUUGCACUUCCAGGGGGUUUUCUGACUACUCCAUACCCAACGAGCAGCAGCUCUGUCGCACCUCAAACAACGGUCAGCGUAGGGCUAACCCCUCCUGCUUUGACCUAUUCACUCCAUGUUACCAAUGUCUCUGCCAUUACUGUUAUUUAUACAACGACCGAUACGGUAACGACAACAUCGUUUGUUCCACGUUCGAGCCCAGUCGUUCUCGAUGGCGUUUCUACCUACUAUAGCACAUGGUUAACAAUGUCCAUCGGCGAAACAACGACAUACUACAUCGUUUCCUCAACAUUAAUGCCGUCUUCUACAACCCCUACUCUACCUGCCUCUGAUCCUCCAUCUACUUCUGGAGAUCCACAAGGCCCUCCGGCUCCUACCGUUACUGUGACACACUCAAUGACAGUCACCGAGAGUAGUCAUGCCUGUGGUGCUACAUCAUCAGAAGACUCUGUUCAAUCUCAAACGUCGCCAACAAGCGAUUGCGAAAAUUGCCAAACAAUUAUCUACACUGAAAUCGAAACAAGCGCUAAAACUAUCGUUGUUCCUAUGACAACCUCCAAGUCCUCUACCUCUAGAAGGUAUCUUCCUUCCGGACAUUCUGUUUCUAGCAUGCAUCCUGAUUCCACAGGGGAUCCUACUUCUACCGAACAUCCCGUUUCCACCCAGCCUCCCGCAUCUUAA